AUGGGCAACACGAUUGGUAAAGAAAAGCAUGACAAUGAAGAUGAGUUUGUAAAUGACCUGGUGCGCCUAAUUGAUGGUGGAUUUCUCUUCCCGCAUGGUGUUUACGGCUCGGAACCAUCCUAUAAAGUAUCAAUUGUACGAAGAUUAAUGCUUGAACGCCAGUUAAUGCCGUUUUAUAAAGGACUCGAGGAAUACAGUGCAGAUUGGCCGCCUGAAAAAGUCGCAGAAGUUGUCGAAAAGGCUUUAGGUUCUCAAAAAACGAUGACGUUACGAUCUGCCAUCCGUGAAGCAAAAUUCCAUACUUUAGGACAUUCCAAGUCCCUUAAACGUGAUGUCAAAAAUCGUGCUGACCGGUCAGUUCGUUCACGUUCCAAUUCCGUUUCUGGAAAUUCCCAUGUUAUUACCCAAGACAACCAUGCCCAUGCUAUUUCCACUAUUUAUGCUAAUGCUUUUGAAUGCCCAAUUUGUUUUCUUUAUUAUCCACCCAACUUUAACUAUACUCGCUGCUGCGCGCAACCAAUUUGUUCCGAAUGCUUUGUGGAAAUUCGUCGCCCUGACCCACAUUUGCCAACCGUUCAUGCCAACGAUCCGAUGCCCAAUGAUUUCGAUUUGAUAUCAGAGCCUGUCAAGUGUCCAUACUGUAUGACAGAUCGCUUUGGCGUCGUUUAUGUUCCCAAUCCUGCUUUGUCCCGCUUUUCUUUCAAUGCCCCUUCUCAACUAGAUCCAGAGUCUCAUCCAUUGAUUAAUGAACUAAAAAAACUCUAUAUAUCUGGACAGGGAAGGCCCUGGGUCCCAAAUUCGAAUACCAAGUUUGCGCCUGACGAUCCCCGUGUCAUAACUACCGACUUGAUUCAUCCAGACUGGCAAUACAAAUUGCAAAAGACCCGUCGACGCGCUUUCAGACGUGCUGCUAAUUCCACUCUCUUGAAUACUCAUCUGUUGGAACCAUCCCCUAAUGGAAGUCAUAGCGACAGUGUCUCUUCUUCAGAUAACACGCAACAUUUGAGAUCCCCACGUGUAAACUCCCAAAGGCGCACCUUGAGUAAUCGUAGACAUCAUUACCUUGCCAACGUCGAAAAGCUUAUGAUGGCCGAGGCCAUUCGACAGAGUUUGGAGGAUGCGCAACAGGCUACUCCGGCUUCCGAUGCUGGAGUUUCUUCUGUCGAAGAUGGUGGUCCUUUGUACAGUGCUUCUUCAAAUUCCAACAGUGCCACUGAAAGAGAUGUUUACCCUAGUGCUCGGGAGCCUAUUACUGCUUGUAAUGGCUCAGCAACCCCUUCAAGCAGAAGUGAUAGAUCUCAUCUCCAACAAACCUCUGAAACCAAUGAUCAUAUUCCUCAGUUUUCUCAGCAAACUGAAGCUCUUCCCCGGAGCUCUUUAAAUACUGAUUUGAACACAUUCGCCCGCUCUGACUUGGAGCAGCAGCAAGAUUUGGAAGAGCUUAUCCACAGUCCAGUAGCAUCUACUAACCCGUUUCUUUCCGAAUCUUUGAACCCCGUAGAUUCGCAAGACGCGCACCGUGGAGCGAAUUUCUGCUCACCUACGCUUAGUGUCAGUGAUGACGACGUGAACUCCCCAAAUUUAGCGAAAAAUCCGUAUCCUUCAGUUUACGAACAUGCGAUUACCAGCAACGGUUAUAAGAGAAGCCAUCAAUACGGUUAA